AAAAUGAUGAACUGGGUUUAUAAGCACAAAGUUGAAUGAUCUUUUGAUGAUUAGGGAGAUGAAGAAAAUGGGUUCUGAUUCUCAAAUUCUCCGCAUGAGUCUCAUCAUCUUGAUGCCCAUUUUAUUUCCCAAUCCCCAGUUUUUGAUGGCCCUUGCUCCAUUGAAUGCUGUUGCAGAGAGUCCUAAUGUUCUUGCUUUACAGGAGCAUUACUGGGGAGAGAACACUUUAGAUUUCUCCAUCAGAAAGGUCUCAGGAGAGGAUGAGAGUGAAGAGAUUGAAGAUUUGUUUUGGAAGAAGUUCAGGGUUUUGCUUGGAUUAUAUAGCUUCAACACUAGAAGCCCCCAAAAUGGCAACAUUGAACAUGGGUUCUCUUCACCAUCUCCAGCACCAGCUGUUGAACAUGAACCAGAAGCUCCUUCCCCUGUUACAGUGGUUCCCAUCCAUCUUCACUCCCAUCCUCCUCCAGCAAGGCGUCCAAUCUCAAUCCAACCACCUGACAAAGUUCGACAAAGGAAUGAAGAUGACAAUAGUAGUAAAAGAAGAAGAAGAAGAAUCAUUGUAGCCAUUGCUGUCUCUGCCAGUGUAACCUUGGCUAUAUCUGCUCUUGGGCUCAUGCUUGUCUUCCAGAAGUUCAGAAGAGGGAGAUCAAAGUAUGUGCUUUCCCCUAAUUCGAUUAGCAAGGUGAGUUUCGAUCCAGGUCCAGAGAUUUUCUAUUUAGAUUCAAUAGGACCUGUUUUAGAAACAGAAGCUUCUGGUGUUAAACACACUUGUGAAAAUGUGACCAUAUCCACUGACCAAAGUCCAUCUAAAUCUGCAUUGGAUGAUGUUAAUGGAAAGAGUAUUGGUUUUUCUUCAGCUGAAGAGAUUCUCUCUGUGGACGAGAAAGUAGAAAUGAUUAAAAGUGAAACAGAUGGUUGUAAUUCGUCAUUUAAUGACACUGUUCAUCCUGAAUUCGUUUCUUCUGAGGAUGAAUCCUUUCAUUCUGUCUGUGAAUCACAUUCAUCGAAUGUGCGACUGUCUGAUGCUUCAGAUGGUAGUUUAGGUGAUCCACUAGAAGUUUGGUCUCAGUCAAGCUUCAGAAAUGGCUCUCCUCCAUUUAGUCAUAGAUCAUCACAGCCAAACCCACCAGUGAUACUAGAUGUUACCCCAGCUCAACAUUCAAAUUCACUCUCUAUCCCACCCAAUUUUCCAACUAACCUGGAACAAGGAACAACAGUCUUACAUUCUUCAAAUUCUCAACAAAAUUAUCCUCAAUGUCCACCACCACCACCUCCUCCUCCUCCACCACUGCCUUCGCAGACAAUUUUUUAUCAUGUGCGACAGCAUCGGCCUCAUUCUUCAUGUUCCUUGACUAGAACGAUUACAAGUUCUGCAGAGUCAGAUGUAUCAUCACCUCAAAACUCAGAGUGUUCUUCAGGUUCACACCAACCUCCAUCAAAUGACUUGCCUUCUUCACCUCUUCAUAAACCUAAUGGAAGUAUUCCUCCACCACCAUGCCCACCUUUAGCACCUCUUCUACGACCCUCCUUACUCAAGGGGCGGGGUAACACUAUACAACCACCACCGCCACCACCGUCCCAACAUUUCACACCGGUUGGCAAGGAUGGAGUCCCACUGCCUAAACUGAAACCACUUCACUGGGACAAAGUAAGAGCCACACCCGAUCGUUCUAUGGUGUGGGACAAGCUGAGGUCAAGCUCAUUUGAAUUUGAUGAGAAAAUGAUUGAAUCACUCUUUGGAUACAAUCUGAAAAGUUCAACUAAGAAUUGUGAAUCUAAGAGCAAGAGCCCAUCUCCUAGUAAGCAUGUUCUUGAGCCCAAGAGAUUGCAGAACAUAACAAUACUUUCAAAGGCUUUGAAUGCUACUACAGAGCAAAUUUGUGAUGCACUAUUGCAAGGAGACGGAUUGAGUUUAAAGCAAUUAGAGGCUCUGGUGAAGAUGAUACCAACCAAAGAAGAAGAGGUCAAGCUCUCAAACUAUCAAGGAGACAUCAAUGAAUUAGGGUCAGCAGAGAAAUUCGUUAAGGUGAUGCUUAGAAUACCCUUUGCUUUUCCCAGAAUUGAAGCCAUGCUUUACAGAGAAACUUUUGAAGAUGAAGUGGUCCAUCUUAGAAGGUCCUUUGCAAUGCUUGAGGAGGCCUGCAAGGAACUCGGAUCAAGCCGACUGUUCUUGAAAUUACUUGAAGCUGUACUCAAAACAGGAAACAGGAUGAAUGUUGGAACAAUCAGAGGCGGUGCCAGAGCUUUCAAACUUGAUGCACUCCUUAAGCUUGCUGAUGUGAAGGGAACAAAUGGGAAGACUACAUUACUCCAUUUUGUUGUACAAGAAAUUAUUCGAUCAGAAGGAAUUCGAGAAUCAGAGACCAGUUUAACGAGUACUGAGAAAAUUAAGAGCAAGACUACUGAAGAAUUGGAGGAAGACUACAUAAGAAUGGGCCUAGAUCUUGUUUCUGGCUUGAGUACUGAACUUUGCAAUGUGAAAAAGACGGCUACUUUGGACUUGGAUGUGCUGGCAAGUUCAGUAUCAAACCUAUCUGAUGGAAUGGUCAAGCUGCAACGUCUACUACACAAUGUUUUGUCCAGGGAUGAUCAAGAUGGAAAUUUUGUCCACUCAAUGAGAUCCUUCUUGAAUUAUGCACAAAAGAGUAUCAAAGAGUUACAAGAAGAUGAAAAUCGAGUCCUAAAGCAGGUAAGAGAAAUCACAGAAUAUUUUCAUGGAGAUGUGAGCAAAGAUGAAGCCAAUCCACUUAGGAUUUUUGUCAUUGUGAGGGAUUUUCUGGGUAUGUUAGAUCAAGUCUGCAAAGAAGUUAGAAACCUGAAGAGCUCAAUUGUUCAAAACCCUGUGGCUCCUUUUCGAUAGAUUGAGAAAACUGUAACCUUUUUCAAAAUUCAUAUAGAAUUUUGGAUUUCUUGGAUUCAAUUCUGUUGCACUUAAGUUUUUACUAAUUAUUUCAGUGUCUCUAAUCAGCAUUGGAAGAUA